CCCACUUCGCACGCCGCGCGGGACUCGCCGGGCCGUGAGCUCUCCGCUGCAGUGGGUCGAUCCUGUUUCUCUGAGAAGAAAAAUGGCAUCUGUUGCAGUUGAUACACAACCGAGUGUGGUGACUCGGGUAGUCAACCUACCCUUGGUGAGCUCCACGUACGACCUUGUCUCCUCGGCUUAUAUCAGUACAAAGGAUCAGUACCCGUGCUUGAAGUCUGUGUGUGAGAUGGCAGAGAAGGGUGUGAAGACCAUCACUUCCGUGGCUGUGACGAGUGCUCUGCCCAUCAUCCAGAAGCUAGAACCACAAAUUGCGGUUGCCAAUAUCUAUGCGUGUAAGGGGCUAGACCGGAUUGAGGAGAAACUGCCUAUUCUGAAUCAGCCAACAAACCAGGUUGUUGCCAAUGCCCGGGGCGCUGUAACUGGGGCAAAAGAUGCUGUGACAACUACGGUGACUGGGGCCAAGGAUUCCAUGGCCAGCACCAUCACUGGGGUGAUGGACAAGACCAAAGGAGCGGUGACGGGCAGUGUGGAGAAGACCAAGUCUGUGGUCAGUGGCAGCAUUAACACAGUCUUGGGAAGUCGGAUGAUGCAUCUGGUGAGCAAUGGAGUAGAGAAUGCUCUCACCAAAUCUGAGUUGCUGGUGGACCAAUACCUCCCUCUCACAGAGAAAGAACUAGAAGAAGAAGCAAAAAAAGUUGAAGGGUUUGAUACAGUACAGAAGCCAAGUUACUACGUUCGAUUGGGAUCCCUGUCUACCAAGCUCCACUCACGUGCCUACCAGCAGGCGCUCAACAGGGUUCAAGAAGCCAAGCUAAAAAGUCAAGAGACCAUUUCUCAGCUCCAUUCCACUGUGAAUCUGAUUGAAUUUGCAAGGAAGAAUGUGCAUAGUGCCAACCAGAAAAUUCAAGGUGCUCAGGAUAAGUUCUAUCUCUCUUGGGUGGAGUGGAAGAGAAGCAUUGGCUAUGAUGAUACAGAUGAGUCCCACUGUGCUGAGCACAUUGAGUCACGGACUCUGGCCAUUGCCUGCAGCCUGACGCAGCAGCUCCAGACCACGUGCCACACCCUGCUGUCCGGUCUCCAGGGGUUACCACAGAACAUCCAAGACCAGGCUAGUCACCUGGGGGUCAUGGCUGGUGACAUCUACUCUGGCUUCCGCAAUGCUGCCUCUUUUAAGGAAGUGUCUGACGGCCUCCUCACUUCCAGCAAGGGGCAGCUGCAGAAAAUGAAGGAGUCUUUAGAUGAUGUGAUGGAUUAUCUUGUUAACAACACGCCUCUCAACUGGCUGGUAGGUCCCUUUUAUCCUCAGCUGACCGAGUCUCAGAAUGCUCAGGACCAAGGUGCACCGAAGGACAUGAGCAGUCAGGAGGCCCAGCAGCCUCAGCGCAGAACACAUUAGAGCUGCCCUUGUCACCAGGACGGGUGCAGCCUGCCAGAGACUUGGUGAUGUUGCCAUUAACCUGCUAAACACCUUUGAGUUGGGGAAGCAAUUAGCUAGAGAAAAGGUCCUCCGCUGUAGUCACUUCUAACUGGAGUCAGCUUUAAAAUGUUUGGCCUUAGCAGAUGAGUUCUGUUGUUUAUACCUGGCUGGUAAGAAAAGAAGGCUAGGUUGGUCAGAGUCUCGCCAGGACUCCCAGAAAGUUUCCAUGCAUUUAUGGUCUCAUCCAUUGUUACCAUUUCUGCUGUUUGUAUUGAAUAAAAGUACCUUCCCCUGG